AUGGCACCUAUCCCCGGCAUGAUUCGCGAAGCGGUUCGCUUUGAGAUCCAGCAUGGCAUAGACUGGACAGGCUAUGGACUGUACAGCAAGAUAACGACAACUGACACGCACACUAGCUACAACAAGCUCGCAGACCUCUCUCGCGAGCUCCAGGAGUGGCCCUUUUUUCCCGUUGUUAUUGCCAGUGUUCUUUUUGCGAUUAUCAUGGUGGGAAUCGUCGCCCACUUUUGCUUUUGGGGAAGACACAGGUAUCCGCGGCAAACUGCAUCUCCCGAGGAUAAGAUGAAGACGGAGGACGUUGAGUACCUGGAUACGGUUGAGGAACCCCGCUCAGAUGGCUGGAUGUGUUUCAUUCUGGCCUGCCAUGCUGCCAUUACCCUCGGUGUUGUCUGA